AUGGUCAGUCCGCCCCUGGUAUUAAUACAUCAUACAAAAGCAUUUCAGGCAAUUUGUGCAUUUCCAACCUUGUGCAGACAAUGGAUUGAAAUUUGCCUGGUUCCUGCUGAGACAAAUUUUGAUCUGUUAAUGGCCGGCUGUAGGCUGGAAUUCUACUUUAAGCCUUGUUGUGGGUGGAACAGGGGCGGACUGACAACUCAUGGGGCCCCGGGCAAUAGUGGAUCAUGGGGCCCCUGUGUCCUUGCCCAAACUCAAAAAAGCCUAUGAAAAAGGUACCAGGGGCAUCUCAUGGGGCCCC